UCCCUCCCACGCCCGCCGCCCCGCCCCGCGAGCCGCGACCACGCGCGCACGCCCAAACGCCCGCCCGCCAUAAAGCACACCUCCCGGGCCUCGCCGCGCGCCCACCCACGCCCAACGCCCCUCCCCACGCCGACGCAAUGCACCCCGUCGAGGAGCCGCGCCGACGCCGUGGUGCGACCGCCGUUGCCGCGUAGGGUCUGGUACUCAGGUGGCGGCAGGACUGGCCGACCGGAGCCCCGCCCCCCAUGCCGUGCGCGCGGGCCGAGGACGCGCUCCCCUCCGCCGCCGCCGCCGCCGACAUGGUCUCCGCCGCCCUGAUCCAGAAGGCGGCCGGCGCCGGCGGACGGAGGCCCGCCGAGCCAGGCCGCGCGCUGCAGCGCACGCCGCACGUGUCCGCGGGGGACGUCGACGCGCCGGCGCCGGCGCCGGCGGCCAGCUGCUCCGGGGAUGAUGGCAAGGGCAGCCGCAGCGGGAGGAGAGAGGAGAGCCGCCGGGGCAGGACGUGGAGCUACCGGUCGGAGCUCGAGCAGGAAGUCAAGAAACUGCAGAGGCAGCUCGAGAAAGAGAUCGAGUUGCACGUGGCGUUGGCGGACGCCGUCACGCAGAACGCGCCGCCGCCUGCAUUGAAUUCUUCUGCCAAGAUCCCACCUGAGACACAGGAGCUACUAGUGAACAUUGCCUCCCUGGAGGGUGCCGUUUCGAACCUCGAAAAGGAGUUAAAUGAUCUGUAUUACCAGCUUUGUCAUGAGAGGAAUGAACGGCUACUUGCCGAAAAUAACCCAGGAGGCUUGCCAUCUGCGUCCUCAGAUGACCGCUCGCUGUCAACUUGCACGUGUACAUGGGAAGAACACAUAUCAUCGUUGAGGGAUUUGAAGUUUGGAGGAUCCGAGUCAAUGAGAUCAAUGCAACAAGAUUUACUCACAGAACUUGAAUAUGACCAGGAUCUUGGAGAAGAAUCCGAAGAUAGACAAAUGGUUUCCCUAAAUAGGCUGCUUGAGAAACACCAAGAUAUCUCUUUAAAUGGACUGUUGGAAAAGCACCGGGAUGAAGAGAUGCAAGGAUCGUGCUCGGUGGAAAAUCAAGGCAAAGAAGAUGAGAAGAUCGAUGAUUUAUCAUUUGAACAGUCCAUUCAAAAGUUAACUAGCAUGAAAGCAGGAAAUCUUUGGAACUAUCCAAAUCAGCUAUCAGAGGAGAUGGUGCGCUGCAUGAGAAACAUUUUCCUCCGUUUAUCUGAAUCCUCCAAGAUAUCUGGGAAGGCAUCUUCUGAUUGUUCAUCUUCCUCAGCGGAGCGUCUAUCUGGUUCUACACUGGCAUCCUUCUCAGAUACAUCCAUAAUACCCUCGAUGCUACGGAGUUCUUCGGUUGACUCCUAUCACAAUGAUGAGAUGAUGAAUAAAGCAAGAAACUUUGACCCGUAUAAAGUUAGUGGAAAGGGAACCCGUAGAGACAUCGGAAACUACUGUUCAGCAGCUGAAGUAUCUUGGAUGUCGGUUGGAAAGGAGCAACUUGAAUAUGCAUCUGAAGCUCUAAAAAAGUUCAGAUUUCUUGUGGAGCAGCUAUCAAAAGUUAACCCUAAUUGUUUGAACUCUGAUGAGCGGCUAGCCUUUUGGAUUAACUUGUAUAAUGCGCUGAUAAUGCAUUCAUACCUAGCAUACGGAGUUCCCCGGAAUGACAUCAAGCUUUUCUCUCUAAUGCAAAAGGCCUGUUACACAGUUGGUGGGCAGUCGUUCAGUGCAGCUGAAAUAGAGUAUGUGAUACUAAAGAUGAAGACUCCAGUGCACCGGCCCCAACUUUCUUUGAUGUUGGCUCUUCAGAAGUUCAAAAUUUCUGAGGGGCACAAGAAGUAUUCGAUCGAUCAAGCUGAGCCCCUUCUGCUGUUUGGUCUCAGUUGUGGAAUGUUGUCUUCACCAGCUGUAAGAAUCUUCACUGCAGCAAACGUCAGGAACGAGCUUCUGGAGUCAUUGAGAGACUACAUCCAAGCUUCCGUCGGCAUAAGUGACCGAGGGAAACUACUGAUCCCAAAGCUACUGCAGAGUUACGCCAAGGGGGCCGUCGAAGACUCCCUGUUCACGGACUGGAUCUGCCAUCACCUCUCACCUGAACAAGUAGCAGCCAUCCGAGAGUAUUCCUCUCAGAGGAGGCAGCGGCUUCUCGGGGCACGCAGUUUCACCGUGGUCGCGUUCGACUCGAAAUUCCGGUACCUGUUCUUGCCUGACAGCAGUGGCUCCCAGAAGCCACAACACAGAACAGGCUCCCUAGGCUGAUCCUGCCAGCUGGUAUGUUUGGGCCACAGAAUUCAUUCUUUGCAGACUGGAAAAUGUGAUGGCUAGUUGUAUAUGGUGUACAUUUUUUGGGAGGAAAGUAUACAACACAGCAAAGCUCAGAAACCGCUUCAGCGAAGAUAUUUCGUUCGCGAAAUUGGAUUAUCUCUACCAAGAUCGCGGUGAAAGGAAGAUAUUUUGGAUCUCAUGGUGUUUGGCACACUGCGUUUCAUACUGGGGAUACCAUUUUGGUCUUUCUUUUCUCAAAUAUAUAUACUUCUCUCUUUUGUAUAAAGUUAUUUUUGUCUUUGGUUGAUUGGUUUGUAAGUUGUGCACUAAUAAAUUGGGUGGUGCCAUAUAUUGUGAGAGGGUUCUGUUUUUUGCACUGAAA